AUGGCAACACAACAACAUCGUCUUUCACCUUCCGAUCGUGAACAUCUACUCUCAUGGGAAAAUCAUAAUGAUGAUGGGAAACCAUUGAUCGGCAUGGAUGGAGGUUUUACCUACAUUUCCAUCAUUGAACGUUUGCCAAAGAUUCUUCAAUCCAUGAUUGAAUCCAACAAGGAGGAACAGUUACUACAACAACAUCCCGAAAUAUUGCACAAGUUAAAAGCAUUGGAAGAGGAAUUAGUUGAAGGAGAUGUUUGUACCAAGUUGAGAAUUUCUCUAAAGGCUGAUCAAGCUGUUGAUGAUGAGAAUGUGAGGGCUGAUUUGGAAAAUUGGGCCAAAUAUGAAAAGAUGUUUGGUGUUGAGGAUAAAAAUUGGUUGGAAAUGACUUGGUUCUUCGUGGAGAAUUACUUUUAUAGAUUGAUUUUGGAUAUUACUGAAUUUUGGAAAGCUGAUUCACCAUUGUUGAGAUGGGAUCCUUUCGGUAAUCAAAAGAAAAAGUCUUUAGAUGUUGUUUUUAACUCCAAGUCUGAAAAGACUGUCGCUCAACAAUUUUGUGAGCUGUUGAGUGAAUUGCCAACCGAAGGAGAUAAGAUAUUGAGUCUUGUGAGAGAAAGUAUUGUAUUGAGUUUGUGGGGAAAUCAAGCCGAUUUAAGCUUGUCAACUGGACUUCAAAAUCAUACCGAAAAGUUUAAGAAGAGUUUAGAGGAAAAUAUCUUGUCAAAUGAUUUGACAGAGGUUGUUAAAAUUUUGGACAAUAUCAAAUUGAAGGAGAAGGGAACAAGACAUUUGGCCAUCAUUCUUGAUAAUGUUGGUUUAGAACUUGUGAGUGACAUGUUCAUGGCUGAUACCUUAUUGAGAUUGGACUUUAUUGACAGUGUUACAUUCUUUGGUAAAUAUCAACCAGUCUUUGUGAGUGAUGUUACUGAAAGAGAUUUCCAACAAACUAUCUCACGAUUCGUAGAUCAUGAAGGUAUUAUUGGUGAAUAUGGCAAGCGAUUCUCUCAAUAUAUUGAUAAUCAACAAUGGAAAUUCAAAAAGCAUACCUUCUUUACUUCUCCACUCGAAUAUACCCAAAUACCACAAGAUUUGGCCAAUGAAUUGAGAAAUGACUUUGAAUUUAUUUUCAUCAAGGGAGAUGCAAACUAUAGAAGAACAAUCAAUGAUGCCAAAUUGCCAAUCGAACAAGAUUUUAAUCAAACUUUGCAAUAUUUCCCUGCCAAGAAUGGUAUUUGCAGUUUGAGAACAAUUAAGAGUUACUCACUGAUUGGUAUUAAGGAUAUGGAAAAGUUUAAUAGCGUCAAGGAAACUGUCAGCAAUUGGAGAUAUAGUGGCGAUUAUGGUCUUGUUUGUCUUUCAUCCAGAAAGUAA